UUAGAGAAAAACCGCAAACGUCAGUGAUAUCUCCAAUCGCGUUUUCCGUGUCCCUGUAGUGAGAGAAAAUCGACUUUCUGUGAGAGAGAGAGAGAGAGAGAGAGAGAGAGAAGAAUGGCGACUGUUACGAUACCUCCAUCGGUUCCAUCUCCAGCAGAAGACUGUGAACUUCUCCGAAAAGCCUUUGCAGGAUGGGGAACCAAUGAGGAUUUGAUUAUUCAAAUUUUGGCACACAGGAAUUCAGCCCAACGCAAGUUAAUCCGGCAAACUUAUGCCGACCUUUUCAAAGAAGACAUAUGGAAAGAACUGGACAAAGAACUUUCAAAUGACUUUGAGCGGGUAGUUCUGCUCUGGACAAUGGAUCCAGCUGAGCGUGAUGCAUUCUUGGCUAAUGAAGAGACAAUGAGGCAAAGUGCAAGCAACUGUGUGCUUAUGGAAAUUGCGUGUAUCAGAUCUUCACAUGACCUGUUUAUGGCGAGGCAGGCAUAUCAUGCUCGUUAUAAGAGAUCCGUUGAAGAAGAUGUUUCGUAUCACACAACUGGGGACUUUCGUAAGCUUUUAGCUCCCCUCCUGAGUUCAUUCCGUUAUGAGGGGGAAGAGGUGAACAUGAGAGUGGCAAAAUCAGAGGCCAAGAUACUUCAUGAGAAGAUAUUGGAGAAGGCAUAUAACCAUGAGGAGCUUAUUAGGAUUCUGACUACGCGGAGUAAAGCACAGCUGAAUGCAACCCUCAACUACUAUAACAAUGAAUUUGGAAAUGCGAUCAACAAGGAUCUAAAGGCUGACCCCAAGGAUGAAUACCUCACUCUUCUGAGGGCAACAGUAAAGUGCUUGACUUGCCCUGAGAAGUACUCUGAGAAAGUUCUUCGAUCAGCAAUCAACAAGCUAGGGACCGAUGAAUGGGCUCUCACUCGAGUUGUUGCAACUCGUGCUGAGGUUGACAUGCAACGAAUCAAGGAGGAAUUCCACCGGAGGAACAGUGUCCCUCUGGAUAUUGCCAUUUCCGGAGACACUUCUGGGGACUACAAGAAAAUGCUACUAGCUCUGAUAGGGCAUGGGAAUAAUUAAACAAGCUUUCCUGGUUGUAGGCAGAGCUGCUUCCCCUUUGAAAACAGUUUGGUGAUUCUGCGGGUUUGUUGUUGUAUCAUAUUAUUGGUGUGUACUGUAAACUAAAGUGUGGUAAUAUUGUCCUCUUUCCGGAGAGGGUGAAAUUAUGGGAAUUUACUGUUGCGUAUUUAGAGUCUUGUAAAGUAGUUGUAAAGUAGUAAAUGCCUAUAAGUCUGUAACCUAAAGUCUUUGUAGUAAAUGCAUGCCCAGUAACAAAAGUCUUAUGUAGUAGAAAAAAUGGAAGGUUUAUUCAGACUC